GUGCCACACCUCCUUCCCUGUGCUUUGCCAGCAGGGACAUGAGGGAGCAGGCGCCAUCCAACCAAGCCAGAGAGCAGCCUGCGGCGACGCACCCGGCCAGAGCUCAGCAUGGCCUGAGGAGCCCCCCUGUCAACACCUGCCUCUUUGCCGCCUGCCUGUGUCUUUGGAGAGGGACUCUGGGCCAUGAUUUCCUAGGGCCGAAGGUGCUGGCAGAACCUGCGGUGACUUCCAACACAGUGUGCAUGACCCUUCCCUGGCUAAGCCGACGCCAGCUGGGACUGUGCGCCCGCAGCCCUGAAGCCAUGGCCUCUGCUCUGCAGGGCAUCCACCUGGCCAUCCACGAGUGCCAACACCAGCUGCAGGAGAGGCGUUGGGAUUGCUCAGACUUGAGCGGCAGCAGCACGGUGCUCCUCAACAUCAACAGUGCUGUUCUGAAGAGAGGGUUCCGGGAAAGUGCUUUUGCCUUCUCCCUGCUGGCAGCCGGUGUGACCCACGCAGUGGCUACAUCUUGUAGCCUUGGUGAGCUGCAAAGCUGCAGCUGCGACAGUCCAGGCGCUGAGAACCAGAAGCUGAAGCUCAGUCAACUUCAGAUGCUGGGCCAGAAUAAGGGGCUGCCCCCUGCCGCCACCUCCUUAUGGGGGGAGCCUGGGCUCCAGGACACCUGGGAAUGGGGGGGCUGCAGCGCAGACUUCAGCUAUGCCCAGAGAUUUGCCCGGCACUUCUUGGACCCUCGAGGAAAACCACGUGAUGCCCACGCUCGGAUGCAGCUACACAGCCACCGUGUGGGCAGGAAGGUUGUGUCUGAGCUGGGUCAGCGAAGAUGUAAAUGUCACGGCCCCUCCGGGAGCUGUCAGUUCCGGACAUGCUGGCUGGCAGCUCCAGAGUUUCAGAAGGUGGCCUCUAAUUUGAGGGAGCGAAUGGACCACGCUGUGCUCUUGAGGCCACACAACAGCAACUCGGGGGCCUUCCACCCACGUCUCCGUAGGUCCCGCCUGGCCAAGCAUCUCAUCUUCUAUGAGCCCUCACCUGAUUUUUGCGAGCCUGACCCAAGCCUGGGUUCCCCAGGCACCCACGGCCGCCCUUGCACCAGGGGCAGUUCUCAGCCAGGCGGCUGCAGCAGCUUGUGCUGCGGGCGGGGCCACAACGUGCUGCAGGAGAUGCGACGCCAGCGCUGCCAUUGCCGCUUCCACUGGUGCUGCCACGUGCAAUGUGAGGAGUGCCCUGCCACAGAGUCGGUUAGCAUUUGCAAGUGAAUUUGCAGAGACAAGAUACUCUGGAGCCACAGGCCAUGUCUUCAGUGCCAUGUCCCAGGCAGGCCACAUAUUGUAGCCUGUUACAAAGCUGGGCGGCAUCUGAAAGCAAGGAGCUUUUGGUCCGCAUCAUACUCCUAGAGAGACUACUGUUGUCUCUGGUCUGCACUUCCUGUAGCUCUGCCUUAUGCCACCCAUGGUACACAGUGACUUGGCCCUUGGUGCGGUAAUGGGGUUAUUGGCUACAAAGCAGAUCAGCACCUACACCUCAGUGGCAAUUGGAUAGUGGUGUGGAACUAUCUGUAAGACAUUAUGUGAACCAAAUUUCUCAUGGCUGUAUUAUUUGCCGUGUGCAGAGGGUUGGCUUCACAGUGAACCACCAUCUAAGCAUAUUGGGGGGAGGGGGGAACAGGCUUAAACGCUUCAGGCUUUGUGCCCUACAGUUCUACUCCUCAAACGCUUGUUUGCAGAGAAGCACCAGGAAAAAUACAUUAGUGGCAAAAAAAAAUUGUGGAUGAGGGCUGGUACCCCCAAAUCAUGAAGGAAAAAAAUGUACAGACCUCCAGCUGGGCUGCCUGAGUGUGUCUGGGAAAGAACAACUUGGGACAUUAAACCUUUAGGUGGGGGCAGGCAGAUAGAGUCCGAUUUCCUUUUAGGAGGGGGAAAUAUAGAGAGAGGGGUGGUUCAGUGUUU